AUGGCCGAGACCCCCUUCCUCGACCUGUUUAGCGGUGAUAGAGAGAAGUUCAAUAGUGAAUCAGGCGAAUACGCUGUCACGGUCGACUUACUGGUUAGCAAGGCUGCCACUUAUGGGCUUCCUUCACGUCCUGAGGAACUGGAUGAAGAGCAACAAGGAAUCUUGAACGAUUUGUCGUCUGGAAAGAGGCUCCGCUUUCAACCACCCGAGCCCCUCAGUAUUGGUCGUCUUAUUUUUGAUCUCGAUGACUCGCCCGGUCUCGCUAAAACCUGUGCCAACUUUGUAUCGUUGUGUAAAGGAGACAAGGGAAUGUGCAAAAACGCCCCUAAUAAGCCAUUACACUACAAAGGCACGGCGAUUCACCGAAUCGCUAAAGAUUUUGUGGCGCAAGGUGGAGAUAUCACACGUAACGAUGGCAGUGGCGGGGAGUCUAUUUACGGCGGAAAAUUUGCUGAUGCGAAAGAGGGCCUGAAGGCGAAAGCAGAAUUUGGUUCGUUGGCUAUGGCAAAUUCGGGCAAAAAUAGCAAUACUAGCCAAUUUUUCGUGGUACUUACCUCUGAUCCCGGAAAACUUGCCAAGAUCACUGGCAAGUAUGUUGUUUUCGGCCAGACAAGAACUUCUGGAGAAGGAGAACAAGUACUUCUACGACUAGGUGCUCUGUCGGGUACAAACGAGCAACCUUUGCAACCAGUAUGGAUUGAAUCCAGUGGUGUACUCUAA